CCAUCAGUCUACUAUUCCUUCUAGUUCCAUCAACAUCACUUCAGCCACGAUGAAUUCCUUUAUUGCUGCCAUUAUCUUAUUCGCAUACGUCGUCCUGGAAACUUCUACAAAACCUACAUACAACAGAGACGUGCCCUACGCCCCUUGCACGGUUCCAAACAGUAAAAACUGCUUCAUCAGCACGGCCUACACCCCUUUAUCUGUGCAAUAUUACUCUCGGAAUGAAAACGGGAAAAAUGUCUUUGGAUACGCUUAUCUGGGACAGGCUGCCUACAAUGUUCGGAAUGGAAACGGAUUUCAGAUUGGAAGUUGGGCUUACAUGAAUCCGGAAGGGAGGGAGAUCAACGUUGCAUACGUAUCCGAUUCCAAAGGGUACCGUGUUAUGUCAAACGAUUUGCCGAUCGCUCCUACUGAAACUCCCGAAGUUGUCGCUCUUCGAGCCAGACAUAUGGCCGCUCACGCUGCUCUCAAAACUAAAGUUGUUAAGCCUGAAGAAGAAGAUAAUCACGAUAAACCGGAUCCUGAAGACGAAGACUUAACUAAGGAAAUUAACGCUGCACAGAUAGAAUUUAUGAAAGUUUUCCGUGAAAUUCAAGCAUUUUAA